UCGUGCUUUCUUAAUAUCCAGAUUAUAUUUCAUAAUAUUUCAGUAAAACACUCAGUCUAUCACUCAUCAGGAACUGAUAAAAGGAAGUGGAAUGUUUUGCUAGCAUCUCUUUAGGCCUAUGUCAUAUGACACAGAUCUUUGCAAACAUAUGUGUCUAUGGUCUGUCUUUCGUUAGGUACCACUCUUUCAAACCACUACACUUCCAACCACAGCUUACAUCAUAUUGUUUGCUAAGGUUAUCUGUACAGUAAACUACUGUUUCUUCUGUCAUGUUGAAAAUAGCCCCAGGCAGGCAAGCUUAUUUUGAAUACUGACUAAAUGUUUGUAGGUGUUCACAAGGCUCUCAACAGCUGUAAACUAACAAUUGGAGAGCAUUGGAGGCAUACAUCAGAAAUGCCCAUUGAUGUGAUGAACAAGAUACUAAGCCUGACAAAAAUUUAAAUGAAAGAAACGAUAUCAAAGUGCAAGAAGCUGAUGGGGUACUGCAAUCAUAAUAUAACAUUUUGCAGAUGGGGAAAUCAUCUUAAUGAACGGAUGUAGAGAACGUGUUCAGGGACCUGCAAGGCAACACAGGCCCUGCUAAAGAGGAAGGUCCGUCACACCCACACCCAUAGAAAUGGGGUUCCAAACCCUGAACCUGAAAUAAACUCAAAAUCAGGUAUACAAUACAUCUAACAUUUUAGCAUUUAACAUUUUAACCUUUAAAAGUAUUGUCACUUGUUUCUCUCAUUUCUACCAGUAAAGCUGGAUGGUAGAGCCUCCCAUGUGGAGAAUCACUUUCUGCCCUACAGCCACAUUUCAUUCAUAUCAGAUGCCAACAAAUGAUUAAUUCAGAUUCUGUCCAGUCACAAACAAGAAGUGUUGAGACUCGACUACAUGAAUAACAGUACAGUCUUUCACAGACAAACCCUAAACACAAAGCCUACAGGUGUCUAGUAACAAUAAAAUCAUGUAUUAAACUUUAGCUAGUAUCAUGUAAUUAGGGCACUCAUAUACAGUGUUUACAAGUGAAGGUAUAAGCAUUAUAUAAUUGGCUUGCUAUAAUGUAUUAAUGUCUGUGCUAAAGUAUUUAUGACAGAUAAUCAGGCUUAGCGGAGCUGGGUCAGCACACUGUUUUGUUAGUGUGUGUAUCUGUGAGCAGCACGGUGGGUCAGCGUAGGACAGCACAUGUGUAUUGUGCGGCUUUCAACUCCCUUUUCCUUCUCUUUCCUCCACUCUUGGUUUAUGAAAAUACAUUCAUGGGAUUUACAACCUCAUGGUCCAGCAUAAUCAGAAAGGAUGAUGCCAACCCUGACAACGCACCUACCGGUACCACGGCCUUCCUACUCCCAGGCCAGGGAGAAUUUGGUGAAGGCUAUCCCACCCAGAGUCCUCUGCCUGCUGGCCUGUGGAGGAAUAGACUGUCGCUAUGAAGGACCCGAGUGCUGGAAAUUAAACCAACAGGUCAUUCGAGGCAUUUUCUCCUCCUGGGUGACAGAUGACAUAAUUGCCAUGGCACGACCAUCCAAUCACUUAAUUGAGAAGUACAACAUCAUAGAACAGUUUCAAAGGAUGAACAUCAGAUCAGUCAUCAACAUGCAGCUUCCAGGAGAACACGCUCACUGUGGACCUCCCCUAGACCCUGACAGUGGUUUUACAUACUCUCCACAGAUCUUCAUGGACAAUGACAUUUACUUUUACAACUUUGGGAUGCCAGAUUUUGGUGUGUCCUCUCUUGUUGGCAUAAUCGAUGGAGUGAAGGUUCUGGCCUUUGCAGUGAGGGAAGGAAGAGUGGCAGUGCACUGCCAUGCGGGCUUGGGCAGAACAGGUGUCCUGAUAGCCUGUUACUUAAUCUACACCCUGCGCAUUAGCCCAAGUGAGGCCGUCCACUACGUGCGGAUUAAACGGCCUCGCUCUAUCCAAACCCGGACACAGAUCAGUCAGGUGUUUGAUUUUGCUCGCUUGCUUGGUACACAGCUGGUCCAAUACCCAGACCUCAGCCUGCGGCACGGUGCCCCUUUCACCCUGCAGCACUACCUAAACCGACAAGCGCUACUGCUGCAUGGCCAGGAAGCACGUACCCUCAGACACACACCAAAGGUGGUGUACCUCCUGUGUGUGUGUAUCUCCUGCUUAGCCUUGGGUCUCCCUGCUCCUCCAGAAGUUCAGGCAGAGCUGGAAAAGAGGUCAGCACUGAGGACCUUGAGCAGAACUGUGAGGGAGACCCUGGUGGCCAAACAGUACUUGCCCUUACUGAGAGAGGGUCGAAAGGGCUCAUGGGCCGGCUCAGGGUCGUUGUCCUCCUGGGAUGAGCCACUGGGAUUCCUGGAGAGGAAGAGAGAGGUCUUGAUGGACAAACGCAGCUACAGCGAGUCUGACCUCAGCAAGAUAACAGUAAAUGAGGAUCUGGAGCUGGGUCCAUACUGCACCUCAGCACUUGGAAAUGAGAGACACUGGUGUGUGCAGGAUCUGAUACGACCUGAUCUGAGACCAGUUGGUCCGCUCCUUGCCACACUUUCACCAGGUCACCAGACCUCAAAAAAGGAGUCUCAUACACUCAACAUUCCAAUAUCCGGCAUGAAAACAAGCAAAAACUGUGCUCAGAGGUCAAAGUGCACAGCUAGAAAGGUGCUUCCCAAAUACAGGUCCAACAUCGAGGUAACUAUGAUUCCGGCUAUGAAAAAAGCUGAUGAUAAAACAAAUGUGAAUGCCUUAAAACAUCCUGAUCUCUGUCAUAUAAAGUUGUGCAGAAAUCUACAUAAUCCAGGCCCAACCUCAGUGGCUCGUGCUGUUGCCAAGGCAAUGGCAGACCUAGGUCCUCCAGGAGAAACUAUACUGCAAAGGUCGGCUCUGCUGCAGGAGGAGCUGAACAGCAGUGAGUGUGGAUGGGCUCUGCUGGUCACUGAGUCUGAUCCCAGUGUUCUCAGCUGUCUGUUGUGGACCUGGCUGGAGAAGUUAAGGGUCAGUGGCAUCAAGCAAGAGGUCAUAAUGCCAGUACUCUCAAUUUGUCCAGGAACUGUGACGCAAAAAAGACAUCCUGAUAUUCUGAAUUUCAGUUUACACUUACCAUACUCUCAGACCUAUGUUUCUGUUUACUCCAACCUAAUCAAGGACCCUGUUCUGAGUGCAGAGGAUCUAGACAGGUUGUGUAUUGGUUCAAACAACAGGAAGCCUCUCAGUGUGCUCAAGAAGCCACAGAGACACACCAUCUAUUGUCUGUUAAGCUGUGUGAGCACAGUGACCAGCCUCUGUCCUCACAGAGAGGAUGGAGUGCUGCAACAUUUGAUUCGGGCACUUACAAGGUGCCCCCAAGAGGAAAUGGGAAACCAUGCAACUUUGAUGAAGGUCCUGAAGGCCUGUUUGAAAGACACUUUCCAAAACCACAGAUACCUCAUGAGGGCCUGCAGCACUGAUGUUACACUUUGAGGAACACAACCCACAUCAGAGCAACAAACAACAGAGCAGUUUGGUGGUGGACAAAAUCAGUAGACAUUGUAGUACAAAUGGUAGACAUUUGUGACAUGUCACAGUAGGAAAGGCACAGGUGUAAAGGUGAUCUCUGUUCAGCUGCUCCAGUUUCAGGCUACUGAUGUUGCUCAUACUGAAUCACUGUCACACUGUCUUGGCCUGCUAUCCCACUUGAACAGAACAGCCAGCAUGAAUGUUCAUACUAACACCUGCACUUGUCCUAUCAUAACAAGUUAAAAUGUCUGCUGUGAAAAGGCUGAUUAGGACCAGUCUGAACCUUUUAUACAGCCAUAGGUGAGAGAGUUCCCCUCCACAUCUUACUGUCUCUCUGGCACUAAAAUGUUAUGUUUGUGUUUUUUCCUCAUAUUUUCACACACAAAACCACUCAUGAGGAUCAAUAAAUGCAUUAUAAUAUGAUUAAACAUUUCAACAUUUCUGGUAGAUGCAAGUUUUUUUUAUUGAGUCUUGGGUGAUAAAGACUUUUACAUCCAUAUAAAUUUCUUAAUGAACAGUUGGUACAAAGUCAGUCUUAUGCAGUUACAGUGGUUUAAGACUGACAGAUCUAACCCCCUCAUAUCUGAACAUGAAUGUAUCCUUGAAACUAUAAUCAAACAGGCUAUAAGUCAGGUGAAUGCAAAUUGUGAGACCCUAGGUCCAAUUCACCUAUGUCAUGGGUCCACUACUACUUAAUGGAAAAGUUGUUUAAAUUUGAAAUAAAGCCCCAAAUUAGAAUUCAUUAAUGACAAUAAUUUCAUGUUUAUUGUAAAACAUUUUCUUUCAUGUCUACUUUCAAUAGUAUAGUAGCUACUGUACAUCAGUACAACCAGAUUAAAUCUAACCACUGUGUCACAGUGUGUCCCUGUGGCCUGUUAAAGCCUU